ACCUUAUAUUACUUUUUGUUUCUUGCGCAAAAAGAAACCGGACUUGCUUGAAUUUAAAAACCAAAAAGCCGGUUCGGCUUUAUAAGACUCUUCUUUUAUCAUUUUCAAAAAUAAGCAAAUUCGGAAAUUCAGAGUUACUCAUCUCUGUUUCCCUCUUUUGGGUUGGUUUUGUUAUAUGAAGGCUGAAGCAAUGAUUUUACAGGAGGGUAAAAAUGGAAAUUUGGAGGCGGCGAUCGACCAGUUGCUUAAUGUUGAGAAGCAGAUGCGAUUCGCCGGCGAUGUCGCCGGAACCAAGAAAGCGGUCACUGAAAUUUUGCAGCUGUGCUUUGAAGCUAAGGAUUGGAAGUCUCUAAAUGAACAGAUCGUUAAUUUGUCUAAAAAACGAGGUCAACUUAAGCAGGCAGUGACUGCAAUGGUUCAGCAAGCAAUGCAAUACAUUGAUGAGACACCAGAUAUUGAAACUCGUAUAGAGCUCAUCAAGACCCUGAACAGUGUGUCUGCUGGAAAGAUUUAUGUUGAAAUUGAGAGAGCAAGAUUGAUCAAGAAACUUGCAAAGAUUAAAGAAGAACAAGGUCUUAUUGCUGAAGCUGCAGAUUUAAUGCAGGAAGUUGCAGUGGAAACUUUUGGUGCCAUGGCAAAAACUGAGAAAAUUGCCUUCAUUCUUGAACAGGUUCGCCUUUGCUUAGAUCGCCAGGAUUAUGUUCGUGCUCAAAUUCUUUCAAGGAAGAUUAGCUCUAGAGCAUUUGAUGCUGAUACUUCAAAGGAAAAGAAGAAACCUAAAGAAGGGGACAAUGUUGUAGAGGAGCCUCCUGCUGAUAUACCUUCACUAUUGGAGUUGAAGCAAAUCUACUAUGAACUAAUGAUACGGUAUUACUUUCAUGACAAUGACUACCUUGAAAUUUGCCGAUGCUAUAAGGCAAUAUAUGAGAUUCCAUCCAUCAGGGAAAACCCAUCUCAGUGGAUACCGGUCUUGAGAAAAAUCUGUUGGUACUUAAUCCUGGCCCCACAUGAUCCAAUGCAAUCAAGCCUUCUUAAUUCCACAUUGGAGGAUAAGAAUCUUUCUGAGAUUCCAAAAUUUAGGUUGCUGUUGAAACAGUUAGUUACAAUGGAAGUUAUCCAGUGGACAUCCCUUUGGAAUUCUUAUAAGGAUGAAUUUGAGAAUGAAAGGAACAUGCUUGGAGGCUCUUUGGCUGACAAAGCUGCAGAAGAUUUGAGACACAGGAUUAUUGAGCAUAAUAUCCUUGUUGUUUCAAAGUACUACUCAAAGAUUACCUUGAAGAGACUUGCUGAGUUGUUGUGUCUGACUAUCCAGGAAGCUGAGAAGCAUCUUUCUGAAAUGGUUGUAUCCAAGGCACUGGUGGCAAAGAUUGACAGACCAAUGGGAAUAGUCUGUUUCCAGGUAGCAAAGGAUAGCAAUGAAGUUCUCAACUCAUGGGCUGUGAAUUUGGAAAAACUUCUUGAUCUUGUCGAGAAGAGUUGCCACCAAAUACACAAAGAAACCAUGGUUCACAAAGCUGCUCUAAAAGCAUGAGAAUGAUGAUAUUCACCAAUUGUAGGUAGUGGCCUCUCUUUGUCACAUUUUACUUCAUGUCUUUACGCAAUGCAAACAGAAGCGGUAAUCGCAUAUUAACAUUUCUUUCAAAUGAUGGCUUUUUUCAUUAUCUGGACGUUUGGCCAAGUUGAACUGUGUUUUUCAAUGCAAAGAAGUGGCCUAAUUGCUGGUGAAGUAUGUGUUGGGUUUGCUGCCUUUCAUUUGGAAGUUCUCACUUUGGUUGUUCAAACCUUUCUGUAACUGAAAGAUAGAUAGUAACCAUAGAAAACCGAAAUGGUGCUGUUUCUAUAGCAGUGGGAGGAAAACAAUGAGGUUCCCUUGUUAUUUUGGAUUCUUAUUCAUUAUUUACGAUUUCGCAUUUUUAACAUGGUUAACCAAGUCU